AUGGAAACGUCUUGCGACAAUUCUGACUGGGCCCACACGAUUUCAGGUUUUCCCUUCUACACUGGCACACGCACAGCGGGCAGCGUUGACGGCGCCAUGCUAAUUCGUUGGAGUUACUCCGGAAAGGUGUUUGGGCACAUCUUCAACGAACUUGGGAGGAAUUUUGAGAGACAUUAUAUGACCGGUGCAGGCUCUGGCGUUGUGAUGGUGAACGGCACCGUCGUGUUCCCCAUGGAGGCAUUGAACGAUAAGACACGAGAGUACAUCUCCACGAUUGUCUCCUUAUCAAGCGACGGCAAACGAGGGACCAUGGCGAAAGGUGUGCCCAACACAGGCUGCUCAUACACAACCGUCGUGGAGAAGCAGGACGGAGAGCUCCUCAUGAUGAUCUCCUGCAGGGAUGGGGUGCGCCGGGUGUACGAGCCCAGCGACAUGGGGGAGACGUGGACGGAGGCGCUCGGGACGCUUUCACGCGUGUGGGGGAACUCACCCCAUCGCACUGGGUACGGCGACCAAGACGGUCUCGUGACCGCGACUAUUGAGGGAAAGAAGGUGCUCCUGCUUACACACCCGGUGUAUCCCAAUAAUGGAGGAUUUUUUGCCAACCGAAUCCACCUUUGGCUUUCCGAUGGUGCCCACAUCUUUGACGUUGGCCCGAUAUCUGUCGAGAGCAAAUACAAUUCCACUUCCAGCACUCUGCCGUACACCAACGGCGAGUUGUUUUCGCUCUACAAGCGGAGCGACCACGGCAGGGAGCGCUUUGUUCUUGUGGGGCUUGGCGAUCAGCUGAAUCGCACAAAAGAGGUGCUGGUAAAGUGGGAAAAGGCUGGACAAUGA